AUGGCGGAUGCGGAGGAAAAGGCAAAGGCGGAAAAGUUGGCUGCGGCUAAGAAACGUGUGGAGGAAAUGAAAAAGAAGAAAGCGAAGAAGGCGGGCGUUAAAAAGGAAGAGAAAACCGAAACUGCAGGUCCGAAGAGUGAAGAGACGAUUGAGACGACUGAGACGACUGCUGCAGUACCAUCUGAAGCUCCAAUUGAAGCGCCAGUCGAUACUUCUACCGAAAUACCAAUCGCUCCCGAGGAGACAAAUAUCGAGGAAGAAAAGAAAGAGGAAACCCCCCCAGAAGUUCUAGAAAACAAGGAUAAGGAUGAAGAUGAGAAGGUAUCGGAACUCAGUUCUGCUUCGAGACAUGGAAGGUCGCCCUCGUUGUCGGUGCAAUCUAAGAUGAGGUCAUCUUCUUUUAGACAGGCUUCAGGAGCUCUUUCGCCGGAAAUUGCUUUCAGUCCUAGUGGUGAUACGGCGCCGGAUAUUUAUAGGAAACAAGCUUUGAAGAUUGAGGAAUUGGAGAAGGAGAAUAAGAAGUUGAGUAAAGAAGCGGUAGAUGCAGAGAAGAGGUGGAAAAAGGCCGAAGAAGAAUUAGAGGAUUUGAGGGAGGCAGAAGGGGAGUCUUCUAAAGGCGAGAAAAGUACUGGUAGUGGGUCUUCUGAGGAGGUGGAGAAGUUGCUUGAGCGUGUCGCAUCAGGAUCAUCUGUGGAAAAGGAACAAAUUACCGCUCUUGAGGAUAAGUUAGCAAGAAGUGAAAAGUUGGCUGCAAAUGCGCAACGCGAAUUGGGAGAUUUGAAAAAGAACCUCGAAAGAACGACUGAGAAAGCUGUUAAAGAAGGUAGUGAACGCAUAUCCGCAGAAACAAAAUUACGAACACUAGAAAGAGAAGCAGAGGAAGCUAAAGCACAUAGCGAUGAACUUCAGAAGAAAGUGGAGGCGCUUGAAAAGAAAGUAUCUACACUUACGACGCUUCAUAAAGAGCACGAUGCUCGAUCGCAAGCUCAGAAGAAAGAACGUGAAAAAGUGGAGAAGGAAGCAUCAGAUCUCCGAAUUCGAUUUGCCAGUGUCGAGAAUGAAAAUUCUCGUCUGAAGGAAGAAAGGGAUAGGUUGAAGAAACGAGAUGCACAAGGAAUUGAUGAUGAUGGGGUUGAUGAACUAGAGAAUGAGGAGAGACAACGCUUGGAAAGGAAAGUCAGAGAUUUGGAAGCCGAAGUCCAUGAUUUAAGAAGAGGAGUAUGGAGAGAUCGAAGAAGAGAAAUGGAAGGUGAAGGAGAUGAUACGAGUCCAGGAGCAAGAUUCACAGAUGUAGAUUUAGGUGGAAGUGGAAGUCCUCAUAGGAGAAAGAGUGGAGUUGUGCACCAAGGAAAGGGCAUCGGAGAUUAUCUAACAAGUGGCUUUAAUGCUAUUACUGGCGGUACGGCACCUCUAGGUUUGGGUCAUGCACAUGGAGGAGGGGAAGAUGAUGAUGAUUUAUUGGAUGAUGAUGAUUUACUCGAAUUUGAUGAGGAAGCUUUUAGGAAGGCACAGCAGGAGGAGGCGAUGAAGAGGAUCGAGAGGGUUAAGGAGGUUAAGCGGGCGUUGAAGAAUUGGGAGGGUUGGAGGUUGGAUUUGGUCGAGAAUAGGAGUGCGGGUGGUGAGGGGGUGGGGGAGAUUUUUGAGAUUUAG